AUCACAUAAGCACCCACAGCUAUCCAUAUAUUUUGGAGACUUACUGCAACUGUCAGGUGCGAGCACCAGAAGAAGUCUGAAAGGAGGAAAUCAUGUCUGUUGAAACUGUGACUCUGUGAACUCGCCGUUUCAUACAUGCUGACAUGUAACGCCGUUGAUAUCUGCCGUGUUGCGUUUAUGAACUUGCUGUGUCCAACAGCACCUUAUUGAUUAGUAUGGAGGUCUAGGGACCAGAGGAAAUGCUAUUAAAGAUUAAAGGGUCAGGUGAUGUGAAGGUGGCAUUCAGAGUCAUCAGACACCAGCGGUUUCGGUUACAGGCUGUAAUGUUCACCCGUCAAGCAGAUUAGCCAGCUUGAUUUAUUUAUUACUUGAUGUCUUACCAUUUCCUACCCUCACUGACUGAAUAACUGAUUGACUGGGUGGCUGACUGCUUGCAUAGCUUAUGCGUCGUAGGUGAACUUCAAAAGGGAAGAUUAUGGAGUCACUCGGUGUCUAUUUACACAACACGCAGUCUGUAUUGCUUUUACAGUGCAAAGCUAAUAAAGAGAAAGGGGUUUGCUGUUUAACUGUAUAUAGACCACAAGUGUUUUUCUUUGGGGUUUUUUUUUUUUUUUGGUUUGUUAAAAUAUCAGGAUGGAAGAAACUUUUGGAAGCCUGUGAUAAUGUUUUCCCUUUUUCAAUGUUAAAUUGAUAUAAAGUCAACAAUGGGGCCUAACGGUGUAUUGUAGCGUAACAAGCUCCAUUCAGGGCAGCCAUUAAAAAUCCUAAAACCGUGAUACGGCACCCAUAUAAUGUGAGUAUAAUAGAACUCUGGUAUUAUGAGGCCUAUCUGGUAUACAUCUCUGUACAGAGAGCCAAUGCACUGCCUGUCUGUGUCUUAUCUGAAGUGGCAAACUUGCUGUUCUAAUUGUUAUCUUCACACUAAUAGAGUGGAUGUUUUGAAAUCAUUUGGUUGGACGGAUAAAGGCUUGGCAAUUCCCCAAUGCUUACUGUCUCUGUCAGGGCUUAUCUGUAGGAGAUAGCUGGGUCCCUAAGAAUGAUUGGCGGGGUGCAGCAUGUGCAAAAGUGUUGCAGCGUCUGAGAAAGGAGGCAGAGCAGACAUCCAAGGAAUUGUUGAGAAUUAAAAAAUGGCAUUAUUCGGGAGUUGCUAAAGUUGCUCCUACUUUUCCAGCGAAAUCGCAUUGAGGGAAGAAUCAUGUCAUUUAAUGUGAUAAUUAAUCUUAAACUCUUAUUGUUAAAAUAAUGAGUGAUGUUGGAUCAUCUGUGAGUGUGUGUUUGUAGAAAAUGGUGUCUUUUUUGAAGUAUUUUCUAAAAAAACAAAAAACUAAAGGUGCUGAAACACACUGAAGUGUUUUGCUUCUUGCUUAAGUUUUGGUGUACUUGGCAUCUGAUGUGACUCGCAUGAAACAAGAGGCUGAAAACUUAACCUGCCUGAGCGAAACACAACUUUCGCGGUACGGGUUUCAUCGCAUGCUGUCGCCUGCAGACCUCGGGGUGCUCUCCGUGACAUCAUUAGUUAAAGAAUACAUGCCCCAUCUUCAUCCUCCUCCUCCUCCUCUAGCGGUCCUCUCUCAGCACUAAUUGUGUCCACUCCGUCGGGCCUGGCGCGAUAAUAAAGCGUUAAGAGCCUUGCCUCGUUUAUUAAAGUGGAGUUGGGAAAUGUGAGACCGCCCCCUUUCAGGAGUUUUUUUUUUUUUUAAAAAGAAAAGGGGUAGAGAGAAAAAAAUCGAUUAUUUCUUCACGCAGGAGAGCAGAAGGUUUAGGGAAAGACUUGGUCGGGAUUGUGGGGAGGAACAGAAACAGCUUCGCAACAUCACUAUUAAGCUUCAGACGUCCAGUACUAAUACCGGCACCACCUCCAACACAGCCGCUCCACCGAGUCCCUCGCCGCUCACCGGUACUACGCACUAGCAGACCAGACGGUGCGUCCUCAGCGCCUCCUGAGCGAGCUCUGUCGGAUCAGAGAGAGAGAGAGAGAGAGAGAGAGAGAGAGAGGAGAGAGAGAGAGAGAGGGGGGUAGUUUUCUCUGACAUUAUAGGGACUCAUACCACGUAUUGUAGGUUACUUUUUUUUCCUCUCGGCGCCGUCCUCCUGCUUAGUUGCGCUCCUGGAUUUUAAGUGCGUCUCGGCGAACUCCGUCCCCCAUCAAGCAGCGGCUCCAACCUUCCUGUCAAACGGCCGGACCAAACACCCGGCGGACCGCUUGUUGUAGCCUUCUCUCGCUUCACUCGGGACAAGAUUUCAGAUAAAGUACAGAUGCUGGAAUCUUUGAGUUGAUUGAAACAAAUAGAAAGCAGGAAAAAAAAAGAAGAAAAGACAAAGCAAAGGAAGAGCGGAAACGUGAAGAGAAACGGGAGAGAGAGAAGAGAAGAAGAAAGAGAAGAGAGAAGAAAGCUUGAAGUUCUUUAGAAAGAGGAGAGAAAGAAAGAGACGGGGACGAUGGGGAGGAAAAAGAUUCAGAUCACGCGGAUUAUGGAUGAACGCAACAGACAGGUGACAUUUACAAAGAGAAAGUUUGGCCUGAUGAAGAAGGCGUAUGAGCUGAGCGUGCUGUGUGACUGUGAGAUUGCCCUGAUCAUCUUCAACAGCACCAACAAGCUGUUCCAGUAUGCCAGCACAGACAUGGACAAGGUCCUGCUUAAAUACACUGAGUACAAUGAGCCCCAUGAGAGCAGGACCAACUCUGAUAUUGUGGAGACAUUGAGAAAGAAGGGCCUAAACGGCUGUGACAGCCCAGAUCCCGACGCAGAUGACUCGGUUGGCCACAGCCCCGAGUCUGAGGACAAGUACAGGAAAAUAAACGAGGACAUUGAUCUGAUGAUCAGCAGACAGAGACUGUGUGCAUUGAGCAAGAAGGAGAACAAAGGUGGCGAGAGCCCGGAGCUCGAGUCUGCGCUCAUCCUCACCCCGCACACUGAGGAGAAAUACAAACAGAUUAACGAAGAGUUUGAUCACAUGAUUAAAACUCAUAAGAUACCUCAGGCCGUGCCCCCAUCGAACUACGACAUGCCCGUGUCCAUUCCUGUUAGCAACCAGAACAAUCUCAUUUACAGCCAUCCCGGUGGAUCCCUAGGCAACCACAAUCUGUUGCCACUGGCACACCACGGCCUACAGAGAAACAGCAUGUCUCCUGGAGUUACACACAGACCCCCCAGUGCAGGUGGCCUCAUGGGUGCCGACCUUACCACUGGCGCAGGCACCAGUGCUGGAAAUGGAUAUGGGAACCACCGCAACUCGCCUGGUCUGCUGGUUUCUCCAGGUGGCAUGAACAAGAACAUGCAGACUAAGUCUCCCCCACCCAUGAACCUGGGCAUGAACAACCGCAAACCUGACCUACGUGUGCUCAUCCCCCCUGGUGCCAAGAACAACAUGCCGUCCAUUUCUGAGGAUGUCGAUCUGCUAUUGAACCAGAGAAUAAACAACUCUCAGUCUGCUCAGUCACUGGCCACCCCAGUGGUAUCAGUAGCAACUCCUACUCUACCAGGACAAGGCAUGGGCGGUUACCCAUCUGCCAUUUCUACUUCUUAUGGUACCGAGUACUCCCUGAAUAGCACAGACCUCUCCUCCCUGUCUGGCUUCAACAGUGGCAGCUCUCUACACCUUGGUUCAAUGAGUGGGUGGCAACAGCAACACCUUCAGAACAUGCAGCAUUCAGCGCUGGGCCAGCUAGGAAAUUGUUCUAGCUCUCACUUAUGUCAGGGUUCAAAUCUGUCCCUGCCCUCUGCUCAAAGCCUCCACAUCAAGUCCGAACCUGUUUCUCCUCCUAGAGAUCGCACCAGCAGCACACCGGGGGGCUACGGUGGCGGGGUGCCACCUCCCCAGAACCCCUCGUCCCGCCAGGACUCGGGACGCUCCCCUGUUGAUAGCCUGAGCAGUUGUAGCAGCUCCCAUGAGGGCAGCGACCGCGAUGAGCACAGGAAUGAGUUCCACUCACCUCUGGGACUGGCCCGGCCCGCCCUGGAUGAGCGUGAGAGCCCCUCCAUCAAACGGGUACGCCUGUCAGAAGGAUGGGCGACAUGAUUGCACUGUCCACUCCUCUGCAGUGCCCCAAGUUGCCCCGAGCUCCCGACAAUGCAGCAUUACGAUGCCCCACAGUCAGCUCCCUCUUCUUCCUCCUCGCACUCGAUCUCAUGAGUCACUCACCGCCCAACCCCAUGGCCUCUCUCCUUUUUUCUCUUUAUUGAAGGAAAGCAAAGGGACAACCCUUUCCAAAAAUCUGUUUGUAAUUUCUUUUCCUUAUUUUUGUUCCUUGUUUUGAUUUUGCUGAGUGUGCGUGUGUGUGCGUGUUAUACAUAUUGACAUUAUAUAAAGCAGUUGGGUGUUGUAAUGGGGGCUUGGGAGGGUAGUUGUUGUAUGGGAUGGGAUCUGGGGGUAUUUUUGUUGGGGAACUAUGCAUAAAUUGUAUUGUGGAAAAAAAAAAAGAAUCAUGUAUGCAUAUAUCUUAACACGUGUAACACGUGUCUACAGAUGUGCAUAUCAACAAAUACAAAAAAAAAGGUCAGGUACUCUGUUUCAUAAAACGUACUUACAAUUUGCCCCAGUGCUAUAUCAGUGAAUAGAGACAAAAAAACAACAAAAAAACAACAAAAAAAACAAGAUGAGCGUGAUUGUGUCCAGUGAAAAACACCUUAGCACUUGAGUUGGACAAACAAUACAUGUGUACAGUAUCAGUUUCAUUGCUAUAGACCUUCUCUGCAGUUUUACCUUGCAAAAAUGUGUGUUAACAUUAGAUGAUGUCAUGUUGCAGGUUCAACGUAUUUAUGUAAAUAGCGGGUCAAAGGGGUAAAAGGGCCUGGGGUCAAAAGUCGCCAGACAUUACAAGAUUUAUUUACUCACUAAAUGAAAAAGCUAUUAUGCAACAUUUGAAGGAUUGUACAGGUAAACGAGAAAACCCGAUGCUAGAUGUGUGGAACCCUUGAUCGUUUUCGUGCUCCCCUUAAAGAACGGAGUGAGGACCACUCUUUGAUCUAAGAGCUAUGUCGGCGUAAUCAAGAAAAUCUCUGGAUCUAGUAUUAACUAUUCAGUAUUGAUAAACAAAAAAAAGAGAAAAAAACAAUUGUACAAUACACUUGCUUAUAUUUUCAUAUGAAAGGAAUAAAAUGCAAAGCAUUUUUGUGGCUUUUUGUAGUUUCUAUAAGCCAGAAUGUGUUUUUUGAUAGCUUUGCCAAUAAGAGAUGGAUAGUUCACCCAGAGGGGAAAUGACAGGGCUUCAAGCCCCAAGCCAUGAAAAACAGACUGAGAUCCAAUGCUUUGCUGAACUGUUUAAUCUUUGUAGAGGUUUGUUUUUAAACGUGUAUUUCUUAUUAUAUAUAAUAAUGGUAAUAUUAAGAAUCUUUUAAAAAAAAAUCUGUGAAAUUAACAUGCUUGUGUAUAGCUUUCUAAUAUAUAAAUAUAUAUAAUAAUGAUUUUUUUUGUUGGUUUCUUAGUGAAGUUUCUAUGUGCUGUUGCACAUGUUGUCUGGUUUGUUUCAUUUUAACUCUGAACAGGGCUGUUUGGGCGGCGUGUUUAGACUAACCUUAAAAACCAGCUGGAAAGCAUUGCCAGGGUUGAAGCCUGAAUGCUGAAAAACCUCAUUUCUAGUGGAAAAUGUCACGAGGCUGAAUCUGGAGACCACACAGAAAUAAAUGUUGACACGUAACGUACACGAUUGUCACACUGAUGAGGAAAUAUGACAAAGCCGGAGUCUCCGAAUACAUUUUUAUGCAUCCGGAUAUUUCGUUAGCAGUCCAAAUUAUUAUAAUUUAAUAAUCGUAGUCAUAAAACAUAGAUUUGACCUCAUCGAUUUUGAAUACCACCUUCAAUUUUCGACCCAGUCUACCUUGUGUUGGAGAUGUCGCUCAGACGCAAACUGUAAAAUCUUCCUUUGAAUCGCAUUAGCGUAAUGCGAUUUAUGCAUCGUGAUUAAGUACUCUUGUUUUCAAACCUAAUUUAAUUCUGUGUCGCUCCAGUCUCGAAAACAGGGUUCCACAUCCUUUACCACACUGUCACAGACAGUUCAGCGUAAGACACAAAAAAGAACAAACUGAUCAUGCUGGUAUGGGAGAAGCACAAUUGUUUAUUCUUGAUGAAUAGCUUUGAUUUUCUCUUUUUUAAACAAUGAGACUAGCCACAUAUCUCUCCGCCUCCCACACCCAUAUCUGCUGUCACUUAAGUGUUAUGAUAUUUCUAUGUGCAUAUUUCAUGCAGGAUCACUAGGUUGUUACUGUAUACAGUCUGUGUAGUCAAAUGGGGCAGAGCCUCUAUAACAGUGUUUUUCUUCUUCUUCUUUUUUUUAAACUUCAAUAGAAAAAAAAAAAGGUUGGGAAAAAAAUAAACAUGAUGUUUCAGGCAGCAUAAGUGUGGAGAAACCAAAGCCAGUGGCAUUUCUGUGUUGUAAAGUCAGCUUUUAUUUUCACAUUCAUAUAUGGGUUUUUUUUUUUGGUUUUUUUUUUUGGUUUUGCAAGCAUUGAAACAAGAUAAUAAAAGAUUCUGCUUAAAUUCACAACUGUUUUCACAUUUCACUUUCAGUUAGUUAUUGUAGCUUUAGCCAUCAAACUGCAUUGUCCAUAGGAAUCGUAUUCAUUUACCUGCUUUCUUCUUCAUUUGUCUCCCUGUGCAGCGUAUCGAAAAAGGUUACAUGGGGGAAAAAAACAAAAAGGAAAGGAAAAGCGCAUUUUCUAUUUACAAUUUGUUACUUAACUCGGAAUCAUUCAGGCCCGUGUGAAAGCUGUACUUGUUUUUCACUUCAUCAAUCAACAUUACACACUGCUUGCUCGCUGAAUAAAAUAAUGCCAACAUGUCCUGACAGUUAAUUAGAGUGCUAUAGUUUUGACAGUAUUUUUAACCAAAGACAUGGAGAAAGCUUGUCUUUAUAUCUUUGAUGUUGUUUUUUCUUCUUCUUCUUUCUACGUUUGUUCAAUUUGAAGCCAAUUUUUUUCUUCAUCUGUUGAUCAGUUGUUCUUUGUCAUUACUAUAUCAGACUAAAUGUUGGUACCUCAAAAUUGACCCAAGCAGUACCUCAGCUGAUUUUUUGAUAAGUCACUUAACGUGCAAAGGGGAGACCAUUCACCUGUACAGCCAUGUGUAAUAACAAUUGCUUAAGGUCCCAACAUUCACAUGCUACGGGAUUCUUUGUUGCUCCUCUGUGUUUGUGGUUUAUUUAAGUUGUACUCAAAAGCUGAAAUUUAAAAAAAAAAGAGUAAUAUGUUAAAAUACUUAAAAAGUCAGUCUGUAGUAUCAAUGUAGCUUGUAUAAACCUGAUGAUGGGGGCGGACGUUUGUAACUAAGGUUUUUUGGAAUGCAGGAGCGGCUUUCAGCGGCAUAAGCUGGCCUUUGUCGCCACUUGAGACUAAGAUGGUAUUAAAUUAAAAUCACAUCUCUGUAACUCAAGGGACUUGAUUCAGCUGUAUGUAGUGAAAACGUAUGGGGAUGAAAUAAAAGUCUCCUCUGCAGGAGGGAAAGGCUAUUUGUAUUUUGCAGAGAUUUCAGUAAAGUUACUGGCUUUCUUAGUUAUCCUGAUGUGACUUGGUGUGAUUUCAUUGUGUUUGACUUGUUUCUACAUGCAUCCCAUACAGCGAUUGCUUUCAUACCAUGCAGACUCAAAAAACAUAUCAACACAAAGAGCUUCCAUGAGGAAAUGAAGGGACAUGGUGCCAUAGCAACUUCACUCACAGAUAAUUUGUCAUCCACAUUUUUUUCAAUAGAUGAAUUUUUAUAUGUAUAAUGACAAAUAAAUAAUAAUUGUAAAAAAGCAACAGCAACAACAUUUAUUUAAUAUUUUAAACAGUUUUUUUUAACAGUUGGCCUCACAAUUACAGUUGCAUCGUCUUUCUGAGUAGUAAAUCAAACUACAUUUAAACAUGAGAGCACAUAGAUCCUAAACAAUGAAAUCACAGUCGUAUGCUCCCACACGACAAGAAACAAGGGAAAGGUUUAGGCCUACUCCUGUCCUACUCGCUUUUUCUUCAAUAAAAAAAAGUGGGAAAAAAACCAAAACAACUCAGAAGUGUGAAUCAAAGAGAGAGUGGACAGCUUAUUCUAUAAAAUACAUGACAGUCUUUAUUUUUUUCAGCUUUUCUUAUAACAGUUAUUUUGCAAUGACUGAACCCCAAAAUAUAGCUUAACUUUAUUGUAACAAUUAUUGGGUUGGGUUGUUAUCAAAACGCAAAAAAGGAAGAAAUUUUCCUGACUGUUCAUGCAUUUUUCUGCAGGCAGUACAGGUCCGUAUAGCUUACCUGAAAGAAUCACUUUUUUCGAAUGGAAAUGUAACAUUAGUGAAUACCCAUAUAGACAGACACACACACACACACACAGAAAAAACAAACGAAUUACAGUUUUACAAAAAUAAAAAAUAAAUCCAUCGCGAGAUUUCGAACAUUUUGUAAUGCCAAAGAAAUCCUUUUGAUAGCGUUUUUCUUUUCGUUUUUUUCUUCUAUAUAAAUCUCUCUAUUUUUUUAGAUAUAUAUAAUAUAUGUCUACCGUCUAUAUUUUCUAAAGGCCCCUUUUCUAUCUUUUCUAUCUUUUCUUGUUAGUCUGAAGUCAUUGUUCCUUGAGGUUAUCGCUUCUUAACGUUAGCGUUAUUUAUUUAUUCACUUACUACAUGCAGAAAAAUUGUGAAUUGAUAUGAAUAAAUAUAUUUCCCAGGAAGAGAAACGUUGCAGUGGGUUGCUGUGAACAUAGGCCUGCCUGUAGGAUGGUUUCAGAAUUAUCGAGAAACUAAUUGCAAUUAGGUUUCGUUUGCUUUUCUACCGUUUUGUAGUCUACAAUUUGGCCGUCGUUUCUUUCGCUGAGAAAUAUGUUUGUUUGUUUUUUCUUUAAUAGGUAACAAGAAAUGAUACAUAAACUUGUCACACGUCAUCUAUUAAUUGCACGUAUUUAAAGAUGGCAAAUCGAAGAAACAGAUUCAACACGUUUUGGAUAUUGUUUUAUUUCACAAGUAAUUGCUACAUCAGCAACAUGUCUACAUGCAUCGCUUUAAAUAUGCUUUAAACAAUUAUUCACGAUCUAAAAGUAACGGAGUUACUCUUUUAAAAUCAUAUAUAACAAUGAGGCUAAUGCUCCGAUGUAUUCUACUGACUUCUUCACUUGUGCAGACUGGAGCAGGAGUGUGCAGAUGCCGGCAAGUAACAGUUUUAAUGUUUACAGCAUCUUUAUUGACACUGUUUCCUAAACGGUCUAAAUGUUCACAUUUUCUUUCGCCAUUACAUUAAUACCAGACACACUGAAGUGAUUUUGAAGAGUUUUCUACCAGUAACGUGUGAAAGAAGGUUUGUAAGGUCACUGCAGACCAAACAUAAUGAAUUAUCUAUCAAAAAUAAUAUACUUUGACAACAGGUUUCACAGUUUUUAAACUGAUGCAAUAAACCUGAAUCUGCAAACGGGCUGCCACUUUUUUGAUAAAAAAAAAAAAAAAACUAUAGAAAUGAAAAAAGGAAAAAAAACGAAUUGUAAAAAAUCAGCGCCUUCAGGGUGAAUAAAUUAAAAUAAAUAAAUUAAAAUCAAGACAGCACUUGUACAUUUACAGGGUGGGGAAAACAAUAUCUAAAAUACAUUCUUAGCUUAAAGCCCAGUUAGGGCUUCAGUUGCUGCUUUUGUAACAUUAAAAGCGAAAGAGUUCUGAGGGCAUGUGUGUUUCCAGCAUCAGGCUUAUUUUAAGAUCAUGAAUGUACAUUAAAUUGCACGCAUGACGUUGGAUUGCGCAAGUUCAGUGUGGCGUUGGUAGGAACAGGUACUCGUUCACCCUUGUAGGCUGCACACUCGUUCACCGUGAGUACUCAAACUAGAAAUCACCACUAGAUGUCACCGUUUAGCUGUUUAGUCGAUGCCCUCACAACCUGGAUCUUCCUCGCCGUCUUUCUCCAAAAGAAGCUGUAGACCAGACCCUGAAUGGUCCCGUGUACUCCACCAGCUGCUUCAUCCAUUUUUCUUUGAGUGCUGGAGAAAGGGAGCUGAGAGAGGAACUGCUUGCAGCAGGAAGUAGAGGUCAACACAAGAUUUCGGGGGUUUUGCUCUCUAAUGGACCCACACGAGGUUUGAUGGACCAGAAGUCCAUCAUGAUCCACAAACAUCUGGAAUAAUGACCGGAGUCUCCGACUAAGGACAUGGAAUACAUUCUGCUGAUCUCAGAGGUAAAUAAGUUAUCCUGAUUAAGAAGAACGGAGCCAAACUUACCACAGCCUGAAAAUAGUACUUACUGUGCCUUUGUUCUGAUGGGUAUCAUAUUUUCUUUUCUUUUUUUUAAUGGAAAAACACUUCUUAAAAUAAGAUGAAAAUAUUCUACACAUUAAAACAUGUAUUUAUUUCAUGUCAGUGAUUGAAUUUAACAAGUAUAUUUUCUGACAGCUAAAUAAAGACUUUUUCCCCCAUAA